AUGGCCAAUAAUUGUCCGGAGAAGAAGAAGUAUGAGACUGGUAGGGUACAGCAGCCGGGGAGAGUAUAUACCACUUCUGCAGCAGGUGCUGAGGGAUUUGAGACAUUGAUUAGAGGUUAUGAUUUGAAAGUGCAUAAUGCUACAUAUGAAGCUAUGGUGACUAGGUUAGGAUGUCCACAAGUUCUAUUUCGUAUACAACAGCAUGAGUUUGUACAUGAUUUGAUUUGUUUACCAAUGACUGGUCUUGAUCUCAUUCUGGGUUUGGAUUGGUUAUCCAAGAAUCAUGUUUUUCUUGAUUGUUCUGAGAAGUCAGUACAGUUUAUGCCGGAAGGGAUGUCACCGUUAGAGAUGGCUGAACUAAAGGCUCAGUUAGAAGAUCUGUUGGGUAAGCAUUUCAUCCAACCAAGUGUUUCUCUGUGGGGAGUGCCAAUAUUACUGGUAAAGAAGAAGAACGGGAGUAUGCACUUGUGCAUUGACUAUCGACAGUUAAAUAAGAUCACUGUAAAGAAUAAAUAUCCGUUACCUAGAAUCGACGUCCUAAUGGAUCAGUUAUAG